AUGACCACUAAAGGGUCUGAACCGGCAGCCAUAGUAGCGCCCUGGCUUCUGCCUGACUAUGAGGGAAUUGGGGAGACCCCCCUCUGGAAUGAGGCUGAUAUCAAUACUUUAUUGCAGAGAGAACUACCGCCGGCGUGUUGUACCGCUACACCGGCAGCAGCGAAAGUAUUAGAUACCACACAGAAGGAACAAAGGCCGACCGUUCUUAAUGGGCUUACGCCAUACGCACACGAUGUCCGCAAGGGAAACAGCGCCAGUGGCACGCUUUCAGAAGCGUACAACGGUAACCGUUUACCAAAAGACAGCUGCGCUAACCACCCCGGGCCUAUCAGCAGCAAUACAGUAACACAGAGAGAGCUCUCGACAGAGUUGCCGGCCCUGGAUAGUGUGCCACCUCUACCCACACACAACAGCAACAGCCGAAGAAGUGUUAUGGAUACACUCAGCUACAGCCAUCUGGAUGCUGCCGACGAUGGCGUGAGUGAGACUGGCACACCCCGGGAAGGGUCCUCGAGCAGCUCGAAUGGGAGAGAGUGUAUCACAGUGGACAGAGACACACCUACGCCUGACGCUGAAAGCUCGAGUCCGAGUAUGCUGCCAGCCCAGUUCCCCUCACCUUCAGAUAUAAGAUCUGUACGAGUUAUGCCUACCAACGACUACUAUAGGAACACCAACACCACCCCCUUGCCGAAUAGAGCGGAAGCCACGCUCAGGGCUACGAUUGGGUCCACGGUGGCUGUACCGGCGCAGCUGCAGGCGACCACGCCAACACGAAACGAUCACGAUACGAUGGCGAAUGCUGAUGAGACUAUUGUGAACACUAAUUAUAUGACAUCUGAUCGGGCCGAGGCGCCCGAAACUCACCUACCAACCAGCUCACCAGCCCAAGGAGACCCUGGUCUACUACGCAGGCGGAUGGCUGGGCAGAGCGUUGCCUUUGACCGAGAGAAGUGCAGCGGUAGUGAAACAAACAUCUCGGACAGCAGCAGCAGCAGCAGCAGCAGCAGCAGCAGCAGCAGCAGCAUCCCCGGUGUGUACUCAGCACGGGUGCGAAGGAUCAGUGCGCAGAAGGGCCAGGACCAGAAACCACCUAUCACUACCACGGGUGCGGGUAAUAGAGGGUUUAUUAGGGACACACACCGCGUAAAAACCAACAGGGCCAUUGCGAACAAUAGCAGAGAGGACAUCAGAUCACAGCCUGCGACAGAUGUGCGGACUAUCAAGGCAGAACCGCUUGCACGCGCGCCUGAAGCAAAGCAGAGACGUGAAGGAUCCUGCAGCGGCGGGAAGUCCAUCGGCCCCACAAACGGGCGCGCACGACAAGGCAGGAAACGGGGAUACACCCCACGGUCAAGGAGUACACGCGUACGGCCACAGCACGAGACACGCACAGAGUCACUCUUCAUACAAGGCUUUGCACACGGGAGUGUAGGUAGGGGUGUGCAGCACAUAUGGAAUGGACACGGGGUGAAGCCCCAGACAACAAAAGGGUUACGUAUGGGCGAGACGGACAGGCCUGCGCAGGUUGGUAUAGCAAAGAGCUGCACGAGCCGAGAUAAGGUUGGUGGUCGUACAGGACACGCUGGGGCGGAUGAGGGCUGCUUUGCACCUGUGGCUCCCAGAAAAGGUGCAGGUGCAACGGAGCCCGCCGAUGGUGGGGUGGUCGGUUCAAGCACCUUGUACCUGGGCUGUGUUGAAAAGUCCUCGCACAAACCACCGAGCAACCCAAACCACACACCAGAUCAAACAGAGACCAACGCCUAUAACCACACAUACAGGGCCACCAGUCCCACAUCAGGACAGUCAGGAAAUAGUCAACCGCGUCGUGUAUCUCCGAAUAUCGAGUCGAGGCCCGAAGUGUCCAAGCAGGGGCAGAGGAUUGGUGCUGUUAGUAGCGUUGCCGUAGUAGAGUUACCAACGGCAAACGGCAGGGCUGUCUCUACUGCAAUAAAGCACCCGAGCAUGCACAUACCACUGUGUCGAAUAGAGGGGGUCAGAGCUGCCGAUAUAUCGCACCCGGGGAGUGCGAGCAACGUUGGUAAGGGUAUCUGCGUGAAGCAAGAUGGAGCCCCACAUAGGCCAACAUGGAAGGUUGCAGAAGAUAGUCAAGGGGCGCAGGGUAUUGACCUGUGCUUGAGUGACAGCGACGAAGAGGACUCUGUCGACACUAUCUUAGAGCAGACACAGGCACUGGAGGCCAUAGACAACGAGAGAGACGCACUGGAAAGGACUACGGAUGAAUGCGAGGGAAGUGUGCAUCCUACGAGGGACGCUACUCAUGGUCUUAUCUCUAUCACUCAUGGGUCUACCUCUAGUACUCAUGGGUCUAACUCUAGUACUCAUGGGCCUAUCUCUAGUACUCAUGGGUCUACCUCUAGUACUCAUGGGUCUAUCUCUAAAACGGGUGAAUGCGGGGGAAGUGUGCAUCCCCGUGGGCCUAUCUCUAGUACUCAAGAGCCUACCUCUAGCAUUCAUGGGUCUACCUCUAGUACGCAUGGGUCUAUCUCUAGUACGGGUGAAUGCCAGGGAAGUGUGCAUACUACGGCGGAUGGUACUCAUGGGCCUAUCUCUAGUACUCAUGGGCCUAUCUCAAGCACACCACACGAACAGGUUCAAGGUGAGGGAGGUGCAGACGUCGAAGCUAACUUGCCAACAGCGACGGUUGAUGAAGGCUCCAGUGAUGCACUAACGCAUAAGCGUACGGUUGACCGAAAGGUUGCAACUGCAGCAACCCAUGAACCAGGACACCCAAAUGAGUAUGCCAGAGCCAAUGCGCGACGCACCCGGCAAGCCCACUCACCCGGUCUCGAGUGUGCACCUGGUGCAGGUUUUGGGGCGCAAGUAUGUACUUCCGGCCCGCUGCUUGGAUACCCAAAGGUGUCCACAAAUGCAGGCAGUACGUGCGAUCGAUCAGCACAAGUAUCACAAACCACGGAUGUAGAAGCCGGCGGGUUAUUGGGUGAUAGCCGGUUGGAUGUGGUUGCAAACACACAGUCAGCGCUACACAAAUUGCAUGACAGUACUGCGUCAGGUAAUAGUGUUGAAGAGAACACAGACCCACCGCAUGCCCAGCCCAGCACACCCCCUGCUGAACACACGCCAACCACAUCCGGUAUUCCUGACCUGUGCACCGACAGAGCGCACGCUGAAAACAGCACGCGCGCGGAGAAGAAUGGCGCAGAUGUUCAGGCCUCUGGGUCUCCUGUGCCCAACAGUGCCAACCAAGGAGGGAGCUCUCAGUAUAACUUACGGUGCGAGAAUAAACGCGCGGUGGUGGCUGCGCAGGGAAAGGCCCACAGACUUGUGGAGCAGGGAGUACCGAACAGUCCAGCAGACCCUCACGGCAACGGACGGACGCACCAACCUCUGGGACGAUCCCGAACAUCGGUUGAAUCCACACUACACACCGCAGAGAAGCCCAAACAGACCGCCAAAAAGGAAGGCCGCACGAGGGCUACUAAGCGCAGGGCCGUAGGUGCAACUACAGCGCAACCAAUGCGUAGCCUGCGUUCAGCUGCGAGAAGUUCUGUACGUCCAACGCCUGCGAGGCAGUCCAUACGCACGAGACCACCCGCGGUACACCCACCCGCACGAGCACACGCGGUGAAGUCUACGGAGAGGCGCCUCAGCAAACGAGUACCUGAAGUGAAGAUGACUGAAGUUGGCGUUUGGGACGCUGUAGACGCUCGGCGCUGUGCUAGUGCAGACUCUCCGUCAGAGAACACGUACUUGACUCUGGAUGAGUUGAAACACUUGCCGUUGGACCUGUCGCAUUACCCCGCCCACCGUACGUCACUCCCUAAGAUUGUUAAUCUUCUUAAGACUGCAAAGGACUGUACCAUGCAUGUCCCUGCAGGUCUACGCUGCUCCAUAGAUUCUAGGCUGAGGAAAUGGGUGGGGGACAGUGGUUUUAGCGAAAUGAGUAGGUCGGUCUAUCGCAAUAUAUCGCAAGGGAUGAGUCCCACGGGCAGCCCCGGAGGAGACGACAAUGCCGUGGUGGUGAACACUGUGAUGUGUGUGACUGACGAUUUGACUGAGAAAGACCCGGCUGAUGUCACUGAGUCAGCGAUUGAGAGACCUGCAGACACGGGUGGCACAGGGAACGCAGACUACACAGACGAUGCGAAUGAUGUAGAAGACUCACGGUGCACGGAUACAACGGCCGGUAGCAUAGCCAUCGACACCACGAAUAGAGCUGAGCGGAGACGCACUGACCGCUCAUCUGCAGCAGCCGUCGAGAGAGAAAUGAGUGUUGUAGUCACAGGGAAGGAGACGAGUCACACAAGCAUUGAACCGCAAUACAACCGCCUGGAACAGAGGUGCGACGCCGAGUCGUACCGUAGGACCGGCGAGGAAGCGAAUACGACGUGCGGGGUGUACAGCGCAACUGGAGGCGUAGAUGACACGGCCGAACAGUCACACAGUACGACCGGUGACUGUGUGGGAUUGGCCAGCGACGCACAGAACCCGACCGAUGUGUCCCACAAUACGAGGAGUGGUAUAUCUACAAACUCCGGCGGGGAACUCUGUAUGACAAGUGGGGCACUGCAUACGACCGGAGAGCCGCAGAACACCGCAUGUGGGACGGGCAAUACGACAGGUGAGACACAGGGUGGCACUGAUGCAGCUGACACCAUGGCCACUGACACGCACAGCGCGGCUGAAGGGACAGAGACACACCACUCAGCCAGUGACAUGCACAAGCCCACGGAUAGGACACAGGACAUGGUAUGUGAAUCAGCCGACACUUGCACCUCCUCAGGUCUACCGACCGCACCCUGGCCAAACAAACGAACACACCCAGACAGCACACCCAAUCAAAUACGUAGUACGAUAUCAUCCCCUCAACUGACCCAGAGUGGUGUUCCCGGAACUGCAAGGGAGCAACGAGCCACCACUGACUAUGAGGAGAGCAGGACGGUAGCAGACCUAAAAAGGAGGGCCGCUGAAAAAGCCGCGGGUGGAAAGGGUCAGAUUGCACCUGAAAUAAACGGGGAGGAGAAAGCUGCGCCAGAGACCGGCGAUAGCACUGAGUCAGUGGGUGAAUGCACAGAUACCAUUACAAGCGCUGGUCAGGGCACAAGCCUGGGUAUGGAGAGAGCAGGACGGUUAGAAUUAGCGGAGCCGCACGACGUCCCAUCCGCGGGUUCUAAUGUUGUACUUACAAACGAAGUGCUGGACUCGUUGGUGCCGACGGCUGCUAAGGCCAAUGCAAACGAAGACUUACGCGAAUCCAUCACAGCCACUCAGUCUGACAGCGUAGCAGCCGGUGCAGGCACUCAAAGGGAACCGCAGGUGGAUAACAGCAGCACACUUACAGGCACACUUACAAGCACACUUACAGGCUCAGAGUCAAGUACACGCACACAGCCCAGUACCAACACACACCUGACGCCACGCGAGAGGCUACAAGCAGCACGACAGCGCCGAUGGGACAAGCUAACCAACCCUGUGUCAAUCCCAGCACGACGCAGCACCCUUAACAGCACGCGUGUACAGCGGUGUGAGGUGGGGGCCAACCCACACAUCACGACUGAGAUACGGCGCACAGACGCGCGAAGCCUCGCCCACCCUGACACGUAUCUGGCGUAUUUGCAAGGGGAAGGGCAAAUGGAGUCCAAAAUCCGGGAGGCGAGUGCAGGACAUCGGACUUGUCCGGCCCGAGAGCGAAGAAAUCGAGGUUAUUGUUCAACUAGUAGAGGUCGCGGUAUGGUCAUGGCUACCAACCGGGACGCACAAGCACAGACGAAAGGUGCCGAGGAUGGAUCUAGUAAGGAAUACGAAGCCACGAGUGAUGAAAGUGAUAGCUGGUCAGAGAACAAAGAAGACAGCCAGUCAGGCCACGACAGUGACACCGUGCGACGUACACCGCACAACGCUACCGCAAGUAAUGGACACUACGCUAUAGCCACCUCAGGACAACCCAUUCCCAUGCACACAAGGCACCAACGGGAACACUCGAGGGACUACCGAAGUGCUACAGACCGGACCCACAGGCUAACUGACACGCACCACACUACUAGCACACACACCAGGCACACCACGAUCAGACUGGCCACUCCGCCUCAGAUGGCAAGGGCGUACAACAACCGCAGCACCACAAGAGCGUGUAACACGCAAACUCACACGAGUGCGGGCGAUGAACCGCUUCACAGCGAUGCAGACAGCGACGACGAGAGCUUCGAUAGCAUUCCACGCUCUUCUCGCGCUGAAUCCCGCGUGCUGUCACGCCGAGAAGCAUCUAAGGAUGUAGCUGGUCGAGGGGUGAAGAGGGCGACCAGCGCAACAUGGCCUCCGCGUGUGCUGGCGAGGCAGUCUCCUGUCAGAACAGCCCGUUCAGCGACGAAGAACAAGAGAAAGCAGCUCACACGACAGUCCACGGCAGAGUAUGAACCUCCCAGCACCAGUGACAGCAGCAGCAGCAGUAGUAUUAGUGGUGGUGGUGGUGGGAAGGCGAUGGGCAAUACAAGGCGCCGGAGGGCUUAUAACAGGGCCUCGAGAACCACCCGCCAGAGGGGUGCUGAGGGGGGUCUGAGUGGCACUAAACGUGAUAGUACGAAGCAUACGAAGCACUCGGUGCAAGCGGAGGAAGGAGUGGUUGAGGAAGAGUCCAGCUAUGCGGAGAGUGGUGGCAGCGAUGAACAGUCUGACUCAAUCGCACGCGGCCCUACAACGGCGGUGCGGCAAAGUGAACUGCAGACCCGCGGCACUAAACGGCGCCGAGACAAACUGCGGCCGGACCAAGCAGAUGGGGAUAGUAGAGAUCAACUACUACGUACAACGAGCCAGGGAAGGGCAAGUGCGACUACGGAGAAGGAGAAGCACUCUGUCGUAUCCCGGUACGGAGACCGUACCAACCCACUCCCAUUCGACUGUCCACAGGAGGGGUGUGGCAGACGCUUCGAAACGCUGCAUGAGGUGUACGAGCAUCUGCAUGCGUAUCACUGCACCACGGCGGAGACGAAGCCUUAUGCGUGCGAGUUGGAGGGGUGCCACAAGCGCUACGUCACCCGAGGUAACCUAAAACGGCACUACACAACCCACACCGGAGAGCAGCCGUACGCGUGCACAUGGACGGGCUGCGGGAUGCGGUUUGCCGGGAAGCCCACGCUCCUCAAACACAUGGAACAAAACGCCGGCAUGCACCCGUACGCGUGCACGCACAGCGGAUGCCGUCGAGUGUUUCAGACCGAGCGCCACCGCAACUUACACACCGAGAACCACUCAGCUGCCCACCCACACACAUGUCCCAUGUGGGGCUGUGGGAGGGGCUUCCAAUCGGCGGCGGACGUUGCAACACACUUGGAACGUUAUCAUGACGCACUCCCGUACGACGGAGGCACCGGGCCACUCAAAGCGGUGGAGAUGAGCUAUGGCACUAGACCACUCACAGCGGUGAAGAUGAGCUAUGGGGAGCGGCUGGCGAGGCAAGAGAUCGCGCGUGCGAAUGCCUGA